AUGGCUCUUCAGGUGUGGACGGUUGGGGAGGACGAUGAGGACCUCAAGAACCACAGGGAGCUCCUGCCUCUCUCCAAGCUCCAAGAGAUUGGUGUGUUAUAUUGGCAUUUGGACCCAAAGAGACCUGAAAGCGAAGAAGAGCUAGCGAAGAUCCGCAAAGACAGAGGAUAUAACUACAUGGAUCAUCUCGAUAUAUGCCCUGGAAAGUUAGCAAACUUUGAGGAGAAGCUCAAGAACUUCUUCACAGAGCACAUGCAUGCCGACGAAGAGAUCCGCUACAACUUGGAAGGCGGCGGGUACUUUGAUGUGCGCGACAAGGAUGACAAGUGGGUUCGGAUCUGGAUAAAAGAAGGGGAUAUCAUCGUGCUGCCGGCUGGAAUUUAUCAUCGGUUCGCCCUCGACGCCGCCAACCAUGUGAAGCUCAUGAAGCUAUUCCUAGGAGAACCAGUGUGGAUAGCGCACAACCGGCCUCAGGAGGACCAUCCGGUGUGGCAAGAGUAUGUGAAGAGGCUAACGGACGACAAUGCUGGUGGCCUCGUUGGCGCACCAUGGACGUCUUCGCUGCUGGCAAACGGCAAAAAAAAGGAUUGGCCGAUCCAGUCGAGCAAGCUGUGGAAGAACAACUCGACUUAUGUAUGCUUUUUUUAUCUAAUAUGGCUGAUUGUACCGCCGCCGCUGUUUUCGGUUUUUUGCUCACAUGCACUGUAUUUGUUGGAUGUAAUGCCUGAGAACUAG